GACAUCGAGGACAGAGAUGGUGUUCGAUUCAACUGGAAUGCCUUUCCCACCACCAGAUCCGAGGAGGUGAGCAUAUCCAAUUUGUUGGGCUGUGUUUAUACCCCAUUGAACAACACUGAAGACUAUCCUAUUCCCUUGCUUGAUUCCUCUCCAGUAACCUGUUCAAACAAACUGUGCUCCUCAGUCUUGAAUCCCUUUGUCAAAGAAAUAAGUCUUUAUCCCACAAACAACAUCAACACCAGCAGGUACUGGGUCUGUCCAAUUUGCAAUCAAAGAAACACUCUUUUAAAUUUCAAUCCCGAUUCAAUUCAACUGCCUCAAAUUUCUCUCAAUUCAACAACCUGUGAAUACAUCCUACACGACUACAAAAAAUCUUCUCUAUUUUCUCCCAAUAUCAUUCUUUUCUUAGUCGACUUGUGCUUGGAACAAGACGAACUAUCCUCCUUGAAAAAAUCAAUUAUCACUUCAAUAAAUUCUUUGCCCCAAAAUACCUUGGUUGGCCUAAUAACUUUUGACUCCAUUAUUCAUUUAUAUGAACUAGGAUUCUCUCUUGAUAACAAAAACAAAAAUAAAAAUAAAAAUAAAAACCAAAAUAUAACUGAAAAAAAAUCCUUUUUUAAAAAAAUUCACAUUUUUAAUAUUAAAAAUGAAAACCAACUAAACUUAAAAAAAUUCCAAAAAAUUCUUGCAAUCAAUGAAUCUGGUUUAUCUAAUUAUGACUAUCAAUCAAAAUCAAAUUUCAAUCCCUACAACAAAAAUUUCCCGUACCAAAGAUUUUUCCUAAAUCUUGACAACCAAUUUGACAAGUUUUAUUUCAUUAAAUUAAUCAACGGCCUUAACCCAGUCAACAAAUCAAUUAACCUACACGACUUGAACAACUCAAAUCUCUCCUCAAAGAGAUUCUUAAGAUCAACAGGCUCAGCUCUCGCCAUCUCUAUCAAUUUAAUGAAAUCAAUCUUUUCUGAUUCUAAUGCUAAAAUAAUAUUGCUCUCUGCUGGCCCUUGCACUCAAGGCCCAGGUUUGAUCGUUUCGAAUGAUUUAAAAGAAAACAUCAGAACUCAUAACGAUAUUCAAAAAAAUAACACUAAAUAUUUCCAAAAUUCUUCUCUGUUCUAUAAAAAAUUGGCUUUGUCCCUCUUAAACAAUGAUAAAAACCCCCUAGUUUACAAUAAUAACUCAAUUAUCGAAAUUAAUAUCUUAGUCGGUUGUUACGAUCAAUCGGGUAUCUAUGAAAUGCAACCUCUAACAAACUUAUCCGGUGGCUCAAUCAUUGUAACUGAUUCUUUUAAAACAAAUCUAUUUAAACAAUCCUUUCUAAAAUUAUUUCAAUCCGAAUUCUCAACUCAUAUAAAUAAAGACACCUCUCAAUUUCAGUCUCAAAAUUUAUCAUCUCAUCAAGAUUCACUCCUAAAAAUAUCUGUUUCAAAUAAUCUAAAAAUUAGAGGUCUAAUAGGAAAUGCAACCUCUUUGAAAAACCAUUCAAUAAUGUCCUCGGAUGAUGAAUUCUUCAAAAAUGGCCUAACAAAUGAAUGGAAAAUUCUCUCUUUAUCUCCAAGAAAUAACUACUCCAUUUUUUUUAAAGCUGACACUCUUAGUAAUUCAAUUCAAUCAAAAAAUAAAAUGGGUAAUGAUGCAUUAAUUCAGUUCCAAACUAUUUAUAAACAUUCCUCAAAUACUCACUAUAGACUAAGAGUGACAACUGUCAAAAAAUUCACAACAAAUGUCAUUCCUUUAAAGCAAUCCUUUGAUUUCGAAUGUGCAAUAGUUUUAUUGGCCAAGUGUGGUAUCAAUAAAAUUCUUAGUGACCCUUAUAUCAAAUAUAAUGAUAUCAUUCAAGAAACCGAUAAAAACUUGAUUAAAUUAGGCUUGAAUUUCGGCAACUAUGAUAAAAAUGACUUGAAUUCUUUCAGCUUUGAUAACAUCAAUUUUUAUAGCUUUACUGAAUUCGUUUAUCAUUUAAGAAGAAGCAACAUUUUUAGAAUUUUUGGUUCAUCCCCAGACGAAACUGCUUUUUAUCAUCAUACUUUUCUAAAAUCAAAUGUUUCGGACUGUUUAUUGAUGAUUCAACCAACUCUAUUAUCAUUUUCAAUUCAACAACCUGAUGAAAUUGUCCCUGUUCACUUGAAAGCUGCCUCUUUAUUAAAAGAAAAUAUCUUUGUUAUGGAUGCCUUUUUCUACGUGGUUGUUUAUUAUGGCGAAUAUGCUGCAAGUUGGAGAGAUUCAGAUUUGGAUAAAACAGAAUAUGUCAAUUUUUAUACAAUUCUUGAAAAUUCUAGAAAUGAAGCCAUUGAAAUAAUUAAAGAUAGAUUUCCUUUACCAAGAUAUAUAGAGACAGAUGAAGGCAAGUCACAGGCAAGAUUUGUCAUGUCCAAAUUAGAUCCUGAUGAUUUUUUCAAACAAAAUGAG